AUGGCGACCUCUUUCGAAACACGAGGAUUGACUGCUGAUGCUCUGUCGAAACUACCGCUUGCUGGUUCUCAUAAGGAUUCUUUGACCAAAGCUUUUGUCGCUUCACAAAGGCAGCACGUAUCUGCGUAUGCGAAGGAAGGAAAGCAGAUAAUUUCUCGUUGGAAUGAGGACUCUUCGAUAAAGUCUCAACUGGACGGAGUUAGCCCUAAAGCGAGUAACCCAAAUCUUGUCACUGGUGGAUUCUCUAGUCCUAUUCUGAAGCCACGCAAUCCGAAAGCACCAAGUUUAAUCGAAGGAGCGCUCGACGUUUCGCCUGCAACUAGAGAGAAUGAUACCAGCAAAGACCUGAACAAAGGUAAAAGACGAACUGAAGAGCGAAGCAAGGUUGACCCAAAGCGGGACAACGAAGUGACCGCACGCCAGUCAGAGACGAAGGGUAAAGAGAAAAGCAAACCGGCUGCAAAAGACGAGAAAAAGAGGCGCAGGAUGUCUGAAAGUGAUGAUGAGCGUGAAGAACGUUUGGCACAACGUCGAGAGCGGAGGCGCCGUAAAAAAGAGAUAACAGCGCCUAAAGAGAAGAGACAGACAGAGGAUUCUGAUCAGGACGGCAACGCGGAAGAUCCGAACGCUUUCAAUAAGAAGAAACCAACGAGCAAGAAUACCAAGAGUAAGCUACCUGCGGGCCUUGCUCUAAUGCACGGUUUCAGCGCGAAAAACAUUGGCAGCCGCAGGUUGACGGUCGGACCCAUGGUAACGUCUGGCGUAUUUAAUAAAGGGCGAGCUUCAAUCAAGACGAAAGUGCAGAAACAAAAAUCGAAAGUGUCAACUACAUUCGAUGAAGUAAAUUUCCUCAACAAGGUCAAACCCCCCUCUGCUAGCUGCGGACGCCCGAAAUCGCCAAAGCCGUCUAGUUCUACUGCUUCAAGUGAUACAGGCGAUUUGUCUGUCGGCCUUGGUGGCUCCGCACGUCAAAAAAGCAAGCUGCCAAAGAAUUCCAUGCCACAUUCUUCGACGGAUUCAAAGACGUCCGCUGAGUCUGUAACUGACCCCUCCGUCUCUGAAGACAAAUCAAACUAUGCAUCAGAAGUCUGGGAAAUUGAAAAAGAAUUUAUGUGUAGCGAAGUCAAUGGUCAGGCAACUACGGCUUUAUCGAAACAAAGGAGCAUCAUUAUCGAUAGUAGAACUUGGGACUGGGGUGUUCCUGAAGCAUCUAAACGCGUUGACAAUGGGCCUGGGGUUCCUGUUGUAACUUAUGAACGUCGAGAGAUUGACAUAACGGCUUCCAAAAGGUCCUGCGUGGCAAGCGUUAUCUCGUUGACACCCUCACAAUCUGCCUCUCAGAUGCACAUUAGACCAGUCCCCGUGGUAGAUUGUCGUCAACUAAGAUCAAAGUUCUUUGCGUCGCCAAGGCAGAGUAAAUACCCCGAAGAGAACCUUUCUACCGAUCAGCAGGAUCUACCUCCUACUGCCGAAAGAGACAUCACACCACGUCCGAGAGGGGAACAGAACAGGUGCAGUGAUUCUUCUGUCAAAAAUAGCCAAGUCGAAGUUACGGCGAAAAUUACCUCUCAUGGAGAAGCUGAGCUUCAGGCACCCAAUCUUCAAUGCGAAGGCUCGAACGUUACUGAUUCCUGGCUCAACGAUGCUAUACAACAGCUGGAGGCGGACGAUGAAGGAAUGUUAAACAUUGGGGGCGCCGUUUUACCCAGCACUGCCCGCUUAUCUGUGCUUGGCACAGACCUCUCGUUGUGGGACUGCCUUGAGACUAAUCAGACAUCCGUAUGCGAUGUCGGUCUUCGAGAAUUGGAUGCUACUUUGAUACACUCUGGUUUGGACUUCCACGCUCCCUCUGUUGGACUUGACAUACUCGACAUUUGUUCGGAAUAUGCUAUGGAACAUGCAAGGACCGAAGAACUCAUAUACUAUGACGACGAUUCUGGAGCUUGGUAUUCUGAUGUCAAUGACCCUGAGGAACAUUGGUUCGAGAAAAGAGAAAGCUAUGUUCUACAGGACGUCUACAGCGCUAGCUCUAACAACGACAACGAACAUCUUGCGUUCACCGGAGAUCAAGUUACCGGCUCCCUGUCUGGGCAAGAGGAACUCUUUCAGUUACAGACCUGGGACUAUACCGAUCAGUAUUCGGAGUUUGAUAAGACACCAUGGUCUCCGCCACUGGACACUGAUGAUUGGGAAGAGUCUAGCUUCUCGCAGACUUGCGAUGAGUAUCACCAUUUAGCGAUUGAUGUCGAGAUUAACGAAAGUCCUUUCAACUCGGACGUGCCGGUUGCGAGGAACUCCAUUCUUCGAAGUACAUUGAGUCACUUGUAUCCUUUGACAGUAUCGACAACGCAGAUUGGAUCAUUGGAGGAGGCGGAAGCCACAGUGGCCAAGGACUUCCAAAAGAGCUUCUAUCCUGUAAAAUAUUGA